AUGGUCGGAUUCGUACUCCAGAACUGGAUGAAACAAGAAGCUGGUGGAGAGUACCGCACCUGCCAGCACGAUUACGGAAGCACCAGUCGAGAAAAAGAGUCCCCACAAUCGCAGGAAAUAGCUAUCACCGUAGAGCUGGAUUUGACUCUCAACCUCGGGCGCAAGGAUCAGCAUCUCGUCCGCUGCGGCGUAGAUAUCGCACCAGCGCGGACCAGCGGCAGAGCACGGAUCGGUGUCACCAAUGCUGAGCAGCAGAGUGGCGAUGGCCCUGAUGUGCUGACCCAGCUCGCUGAUGGCACCUACACCGAGGUAAGGGUCCUCGCACACCUCGAGGACCCUGUCCAGUCCGCCCGCGAAUGUUAA